UUAAGUCAAAAACAGCCGAUGAACAUUUGAUGAGCGGGGAAUUCAUUUCGGGCAACUGCUGGACUCUCUUUCAAUCGCAGACCAUGAUUCCCGCUUCCUCUUCAUCCCAAGCCAUACGACCCUCUGCCUAAACUUACACUUUUCCAGCACCAAAUCUACUCCUAUAUAAGGAAUGCCCUUUCCAUGUUCAAGUCUCCAUCCCAUUGCUGGGGAAUCAUCAACUUUUAUAUAUCAACCAAAAUGAACAGAGUUGCUAUUGGGGGUGUCUCCUUUAUCCUUGUCGUAGGUGUAUGCAUUGGUCUUAUAGCUAGUGUAACCCACAAAAACGGCUCCAAUGACACUACUGAGAAAGAUGUCUUGUCCACUACUUCCAAGUCCGUUGCUGCCAUUUGCUCCCCGACCCAGUUCAAGCAGGCAUGCGUCGAUACCCUCGGCUCAGUCGCCAACAACGAGAGCGCAGUCCCAAAAGAUUUUAUUCAGGCAGCCAUUCAUGUCACCCUUCAGGAGCUGCAAGCAGCCCUUAACAAAUCAGGUUCCAUAUUUGGGAGUGCUGUGAGUGAUAAAACUGUCAAAAUGGCCAAAGACGAUUGCGACGAAUUGUUGCAAUAUGCUGUCGAUGAGCUACAAGCCUCCUUUUCAGUGGUAGGCGACAGCGACUUGCAUAACAUGGAGCAAAGAGAGGCUGAGAUCAAGAACUGGUUAAACGCUGUGAUAUCAUUCCAAGAGUCGUGCGUGGAUCAGAUCCCUCAGCCUCAACUACAGCAGCAAUUGUCAAACGGUCUUUUAAAUGCCAGUCAGCUAACCAGCAACGCCUUGGCCAUUGUAAACUCCAUUUCACAGAUUAUGUCUGCCUUCAAUUUGACGUCCUCAUUGAACUUGAACUUGGGUGGUGGAAACGAUCGACAACUGAUGGAUGAACCGAAUCCUGAUCAUGAUACAACAUACCCUUCGUGGGUUUCCUCCAAGGACCGGAAGCUGUUGGCCGGCGGAAACAAUGCUCAGUUGACGCCUAAUGCCGUAGUGGCUAAGGAUGGAAGUGGCCAAUACAAAACCAUUGGUGAUGCCCUUAAAGCAUAUCCAAAGAACCUGCAGGGAAGAUACGUUAUCUAUGUGAAGGCUGGGAUUUACAAUGAGUAUAUUACAGUCGACAAGGAUAAAGUUAAUGUUUUCAUGUACGGGGAUGGACCGAGGAAAACCAUGGUUACCGGAAGAAAAAGCAACCGUGAUGGUUACACCACCACUGAUACUGCCUCAUUUUCUGCUAUUGGAGAUGGAUUCAUAGCAAAGGCAAUGGGAUUCCAAAACACCGCUGGUCCUGAAGGACACCAAGCUGUGGCUCUUCGAGUCAUAUCAGACCGUGCAGUCUUUUACAACUGCAGAAUGGAUGGAUACCAAGACACCCUCUACGUUCAAGCCCAUCGGCAAUUCUACCGGAAUUGCGUCAUAUCUGGCACUGUCGAUUUCAUAUUUGGCGACUCCAAUACGAUCAUCCAAAACUCUUUGCUCAUUGUUAGGAAGCCCAUGGACAACCAACAAAACAUCGUGACAGCUCAUGGUCGAAAAUUUAAGCAAGAAACUACUGGUUUGGUUAUCCAAAACUGCCGCAUUGUCCCAGACCAAGCACUUUUCCCGGUGAGAUUCAAAAUUCGCUCUUACUUGGGCAGGCCAUGGAAGGAACACUCAAGGACUGUUAUCAUGGAGUCAACAAUCGGGGAUUUUAUCCAGCCAGCCGGGUGGCUGGAAUGGGCUGGAAACUUUGCACUCAAUACACUGUAUUAUGCUGAGUACGCAAACCGAGGCCCAGGUGCUGCAACUAAUGGAAGAGUCAAAUGGAAGGGAUACAAGGUAAUAACAAACAGAAAUGAGGCCCUCCAAUUCACAGCUGGUCCAUUUCUCCAAGGACAGACGUGGCUGGCAGAAUCUGGCGUACCUUUCUUCCUUGGCUUCCGGCCUCCAAAUGUAAAGAGUUAAGCCUUUGGCUCUUCGCACAUAAUGCCUGAAUGUUAACCUCAAUCCAAAUAAACAUAUAUAGCCAUGCAGAGGACGAGAGGUAGGCCAUUGACCCAUUGUUCGUCACCCCACCUAACACUGCAUAGGCUCAAACAUCUCGUAAAUUCAAUCUAGUAUGAUUGUUUUUGUACGUUUAUGUGAUAUGUUAUAGUAACCAUACAAUGUAUAUUUCAUUUUUGAAGAAAGAAAUUCAUUGAAUAAACAAAGAGAUACACACUAUAUACCACAAA